AUGGAAGAUUUAUAGGAGCUUAUUGAAAGACUUAAUAUCAAACUAAGACAGGAUUCUAUCCCUGAUGAAGACUUGAAAAAUACUUCUUUCAUCAUUAUAAGGCAUGGAUAUUCUGAAUACAACUACAGAGAUUAGGUAAUCACUGAUUAGCAUGGAGUAGAUUCAGAUGCUUUUAGAUAAUUGAAAGUCGACAAAACUCUUACUGAUCCAGGAUUACAUUAGAUUGGAGUAUUACAAUGUGAAAGCAACUAGGAUAAUAUUAAUAGAAUCAAUUUCAAAGUUGUUUUUGUAUCACCAAUGCAACGAGCAAUUCAGACUGCCAUCAAUAUGUUCAAAAAACAUCCAAAUCUUUAAAACAUUAAGUUCAUUAUACUUCCGAUAGCAAGAGAGGUUCUAGAAACCUCAAAUGAUGUCUCUCCAGACAUAGAGAAAAUUGUUGAAAAAUACUCUCCAGGUUAAAGUAUCUGUGAAGGAUUAAACUUUAAUUUCUCGAUGGUUUACCUUUAUGGAAUCCCUAGAUUAUGGCAAAUUUACACAUUUUCGAAUUUAGAAAAGUAAAAAGAUAUGAUCAAGAAUCUGAGAAAAGAUGAAUCUGGGGAAAUUAAUAAUGUUGAUGUCAUUAUUGAAAGAUUAGGUGCACAUAAUCCUAGGUACGAAACUCAUUCUGAUCUUUUCAAAAGAGCUUAAAUCAUCAAGACUUUCAUGAGAGAAUACUUGAUUUCCCACCCUUUAGAUCAUUCCAGCUAAGAAAAGUAUGGGCUAGUAUCUCACUCAAGGAUUAUGGCAACUUUGACUGCCUCAGGAGUAAAUGAAAAGGAAGAAUUACUUGACUAUUAUUGGCUUUAGAAUUGUGAAAUGAGAGCUUUCACAGACUUUUGA